UUGUGGUCUUGAUCCGCCCGGAAAUAAUGUUUUCAAGUGUUUCUUGUCAUUCAAGGAUUUAAAACCACGUUGUUUAGUGGUUACGUGUCAUAUUGAUACAUAGUCACUUCUAGCUAUUUCUUGACCUUUUGAAGAAACAACUUGGCAAAGGAUUUAUUCACUUUUUGAGCUCCACUAUAACCUCAAUCUCCCAGGACUUGAUGCUCGCGGCCAUCCUGAUCUCUUUAACCCAUUGAUGACCCCAUCUCGUACUGGGCCAAGAUGAAAGCUCUGAUCCUAGUCGGUGGCUAUGGGACUCGACUCAGGCCUUUAACCCUCAGUGUGCCUAAACCACUGGUGGAGUUUGCCAACAAACCCAUCCUUCUGCAUCAAGUUGAAGCCCUGGUCAAGGCUGGAGUUAACCAUGUGAUCCUGGCUGUCAGUUACAUGUCUGAUCUGUUGGAGCGAGAGAUGAGGGUUCAGGAAGAGAGGCUCGGUAUUAGAAUCUCCCUGUCACAUGAGAAGGAGCCACUUGGAACAGCCGGUCCUCUUGCUCUGGCCAGAGAGCUGCUAACGGACAACGACGAGCCAUUCUUCGUCCUCAACAGUGACGUUAUCUGUGACUUCCCCUUCGAGGACAUGUUAAAGUUCCACAAGCAUCACGGCAGAGAGGGGACCAUUGUGGUGACGAAGGUAGAGGAGCCGUCGAAGUAUGGCGUGGUGAUGUACGAGGUAGAGAGCGGACGCAUCCACCGAUUUGUGGAGAAACCCCAGGUGUUCGUCUCCAACAAGAUCAACGCUGGGAUGUACAUCUUUAGCCCAACCAUGCUCAAGAGGAUCAAGCUCAGGCCCACCUCUAUUGAGAAAGAGAUCUUCCCCUUCAUGGCUGAGGAGAACCAUCUCUACGCAAUGGAGCUACAAGGGUUCUGGAUGGACAUUGGUCAGCCUAAGGACUUCCUGACGGGGAUGUGUAUGUACCUGCAGUCUGUACGACAACACACACCUGACAGACUGAAGACUGGGCCUGGGUUCCUGGGUAACGUGCUGGUGGAUCCUACAGCCCAGAUCGGGGAGAACUGCACCAUCGGGCCCAACGUGACCAUCGGGGCGGGGGUGGUGCUGGAGGACGGGGUCAGGAUUAAAAGGUGUACGGUACUGAAGGGGUCAAGGGUCAGAUCACACUCUUGGCUCGAGUCCUGCAUCGUAGGGUGGAGUUCCUCAGUAGGACAGUGGGUGCGUAUGGAGAAUGUGACUGUCCUCGGGGAGGAUGUUAUUGUGAACGACGAGCUCUACCUCAACGGUGCCAACGUGCUUCCUCACAAGUCCAUCACCGACUCAGUGCCUGAACCGCGCAUCAUCAUGUAGUUCUAGAACAACAGAUAGGCCACCAGCGCUUUCUUAGAACCGGGCCUCAAGCGCUUGAAGUGCCACAGAGAUGGGUUUCUAGUAGUACUGGGUGCCGGUCCGAUUCUGCUGACAUUCUACUCCUUGUCCUCUGUCAUAUGCUAUAUGUUUAGCAUGGAGGAGUGGAACAAAGGCAGAAACAGACUAGUACCCAGGCUAGGGUACCCAGGCUAGGAUCUGGGUAGUGGGGGCUUACAUUUUAAACCAAGGACAACUAGCUAGCUACGGCCUGGUCUAGAAUCAAUUCCUAGCUCCUCCACCCUAGACUCUUAAGUAGAUCUGAAACAGUUUGUCAGUUGAGGUCCACACACAGUAUGAUAGCAGCAUCACCUUGCCUUCUGGUGGGUGUUUUUUAUUAAACACUUCUCUUUUUCAAAAUACAUGUUUGUGUUUCAAUGAGGCAACCCUGUAUAAAUAAAGGAUCCAUUUUUGCCAUAUUGCUGACCCCUAUCCAAUCCUCUUAUAUGUACACUAGGGGUUGAUUCUGGUCUGGGUUGGCUACCUGUCAGUACGGUGGAUAGCCAGUCAGGGUCUGAAAUGGCACCCUAUUCCCUAUUUAGUGCACUACAUUUGACUGGUGGCUCUGGUUGAUAGUAGUGCACUAAAUAAGGAAUAUGGUGCCAUUGGGGAUGAUUCCAACCUCUUCUUCUGCUGCCAGUCUACUGGCUCUACUGUUGAUUUGAUUAGGACCCUCAUUGGUCAAUAUAUUUGUUUUGUUUUGAUCUUAAGGAUUCUGGUUAAGCUGAUCAUUUUGGAUGCAACCGUGUCUGUAAAACUAUCCCCUUUGUGAGCCGUUCCAUUUGAUUUAAUAAUCACAGGAUACUCUUCAAAAGUCCUUCUUCGCAUCCUGUCUCCUGCUUUUGUUUCUGGGAGGAAAGGAUGUGAGGAAUCAAGGAAGCACUUUUGAGAUUCAUUCAAACCCUAAACAUAUUAUUGCCUGUUUUUUUUUUUUUUUUAAGAGGAAUUGUUUUAUCAGUAACUGAUCUGAUUGUAUUUUCCCCCAAGACCACUAGAGUACUGAGUUAAACGUCCAGAUUGUAAAAUAUAUAUCUUUCUCUUCUGAAGGUGAGCGGUAGAUUUUGAAUAUUCCUGUUAACUUUCCUCAAAUCUGCCUGUUUUCCAGAAAUCCUUGUUUGGAAUAUUCCUGGAAUUACAAUGGAAUAACUAGGAAAUCCAGCCAGGAUUUUGAUGAAAACCCAGGGAAUUUUUGCAGAAGUUAGCGGAAUUUUGCGACUUGUCCAAUCGAUUUGUGAUGUGUCAAUCACCAUGGAAGCGAUCAGUGGAGCUGUCAAUCAAACAGUAACUACUGAUGAUGUCACAAUCAAGUGAACUCCUUUUAAUUAAGUAGUUUUAUCAUAUUAAUAUAAUUAAACUUGUUUUUGUUUUUUUCCCUAAUUUUUCUAUCACAAUUGUCUAAUGUAUGUAAUAUUGUUUGAGAUUUAUUGAUGACCAAUAUCAAUAAAAGUGAGAAAUGUC